UAAAUGCCCAGAUCUUUACGUUGUGUUGUUGGUUUUGUAUAUAUAUAUAUAUUAUAUUUAUUUAUUAAUGGGUCGUCUUUAAUUUUUAAUUAUUUAAUGGGUUUAUGAUUGUUUUGAAGCAUUGAUUAGUUUUCUCACGUGGGUUCAUGAAUGGGGUCUAUGAUAAGGGUGUUAAUUUAAUAUUAUUUUUUAGUUUUUUAGUUCAAAUUUUUUAUAUAGGAUUUGUUUUGUGAGAUUUUCAGGUUUGACUUUGAAGCUAAGAAGGUUUUGUUGUUUGAGGGGAGGGUUGGUUGUGCCUUUUUUUGAUUGGGUUUUCAGGAGACUUUGAUUCUGAUAUGAUGAAAUUAAAAAUUUUGUGUAUUUCGUGGUAGAUUAGGGUUUGAAGCUUGAAGGGUUCUCUGAUUUGGAAUCGAUAUUCUGUGGCUUAUUGUUAAUUGGUUUGAAGGUUUUUUUUUUUUUUUCAAUUUCAAUGGUGAAGAUGUUUUUCAAUUUCAAUGGAGGUGGAGUUUGAUUUUUAAAGGUUUAUUUGUUGAUGGGUUUGAAGGAAUUGUGUAUAUGGAGCUUUGUAAAGCAUAUAGAGUUUCUUGAGGAAAAUCUUGAUCUUAGGCCUUCUUCUCAGCUGGAGAAGAAGGAAAAUAAUAAUAGGAUUGUUUGUAAUUACCUGGUUUUUUAGUCUUUGGCAAUGGAGGAAGGGGCUAAUUCUUGGUUAACGAGAACUAAGUUUUCUCACACGGUCUGUCAUCGGUUGGACUCUGCAAGACUGGCCUCUAUUCCUCUCACCAUUCCACCAAAUUGGCACUCUGGUUUGAAAUCUAGGCCUGCACCGGCCUCUGUUGAUCCAAAACCAGGUCCAUCUGUUCCACAGAUUCAGCAAAAUCGUCCCGUAAACAAGCAGAGGUCUUUUUCACCUCUCCCCAAAACUACUACACUUUCCGAUGAAUUUAAGGAAGCUCAAUCUGAUUGGAAGAGAUUCUCAACUCCACAUCCUAGAAGAAGAGAGCCCGAGAAGGGAAUUGUGGGAAAGUUGUUCCACAAAGAUUCCCAAGAAAUCCGAGCACCUGAUUCAAAGUCCACAUCUAGUGCCAGCCCUCUUAGGAACUUGUCUUCGAUGAAAAUGCAUGAAAAAUUGAAAAUCAAGAAGGAUUCGACGUGGACAAAGUAUUUUGACAAUGGAGGGGGAAGAGUUACCUCCGUGGAAACUGCGGAUGAUUGGAUGGUUGAUCUCUCUAAGCUAUUUCUUGGGCUUAGAUUCGCUCAUGGGGCUCAUAGUCAACUUUACCAUGGGAUAUACAAGGAUGAACCGGUUGCUGUGAAAAUUAUCAGGGUACCAGAUGAUGACGAAAAUGGAGCUCUUGGAGCUAGGUUAGAAAAGCAAUUCACUAGGGAAGUCACCCUUUUGUCUCGUCUUCAUCAUCAAAAUGUUAUAAAGUUUGUAGCAGCAUGCAGAAAGCCACUGGUUUUUUGUAUCAUCACGGAAUAUCUCUCAGAGGGUUCGUUGAGGGCAUACCUCCACAAGCUUGAGCAUAAAACUCUUACCUUACAGAAACUAAUUGCUAUUGCUUUGGAUAUUGCUCGGGGAAUGGAAUUCAUUCACUCUCAAGGUGUAAUUCAUAGGGACCUCAAACCUGAGAAUAUCCUUAUUAAUCAAGAUUUCCACAUGAAAAUUGCUGAUUUUGGAAUAGCUUGUGAGGAGGCAUACUGUGAUCUUCUGGCCGAUGACCCCGGGACUUAUCGUUGGAUGGCACCCGAAAUGGUCAAACGGAAAUCGUAUGGCCGGAAGGUUGAUGUGUACAGCUUUGGACUUAUUCUUUGGGAAUUGGUAGCCGGAACUAUUCCUUACGAGGAUAUGACACCGAUCCAAGCAGCUUUUGCUGUAGUGAAUAAGAAUUUGAGACCCGCUAUUCCUGCAUACUGCUUGCCUGCCAUGAGAGCUUUGAUCGAGCAAUGUUGGUGUUCGCAACCCGAGAAGAGGCCAGAAUUUUGGCAGAUUGUAAAGGUAUUAGAGCAGUUUGAGUCUUCUCUUGCCCGUGAUGGAACUCUCAACCUUGUGCAAAACCUGAUAUGCCAAGAUCAUAAGAAGGGGCUUCUUCAUUGGAUGCAAAAGCUUGGUCCUUCACACCCUAACAACAGUUCACCAAUGCUGAAGCUUAAAUUCACAUAACUCUUCCUUAUGGAUUGGUUUUCGUAGUUUCACCGGGUCAGAUUGUAAUUGAAAAGGUUUUUUUUUUUUUUUCAAGCCUUUUUUUAAAUUGUUUUCCUCUAUUUAAAUUGUGUUCAUGCGUUGAUGUGAAAUUGCCUUUCACUUGCAUAUAUACGUAGGCAACACAUCAUAUGAUCAGAUUUUGAAUGAAACUUCGAAACUUUCAAGGCUGGAAUUUCUUUCAGACUCUGGAGCUCGUUAAUCUUUGGUAUGGUGUUUAGUGGUUUUUCUAAGAAACUAUUGUUGUUGUGUUAGAACCAAUUGUGCCAACACGGCACUUCAUUGGCUAUGCAUUCUAGGUUUGGUAGUAA